UUCGGCGUAUAUUUUCAACAUUUGUUAUCUAAUCGAGUUCACUCGAGUACUGAAUCUGAUCAUUCGUGUUCAAUCAGUUUUACUUUUGACCUGAACCAAUACAGAUCUUCGUCCCUCGUGAUCACGUAGUCUCAUUUGUGCGCUCAAUAUGGAAGACGCGAGUUCAAAUCCGUUUGAAAAUGAUAGCUUUCUGCCAGAAGAUGUGCAAGAAAAGCUAUCGAGCAUACUUGAAAAAUACCAACAGUUAAGCGACGAAGAGAAAAAAGAAUUUCAAAAAGGCGCAUUUAACGUAUUGUUAAAAAAUUUGAACAAGUUACCUAGCAGUACACUUUUACCCAUGUGGCUCGCGCCAUAUCAACCUUAUAUUCUGUUCACUAUCGCGGUAUUGUUCGUGGUUUUGCUGUUCGUGUUUUCAGCUCUUGUACUGUAUCGACACAGAUUUGAGCGAAAACGACGACAAGAAGAAAAGAAAAAACGCAAAGAGAUCAAAGCAGAGAUGAAGAAGAAGAAAAAGACAUAAAAUAUACACAUCAAUCCGUUGUACAAAAAAAAUAUUUGACAAACUGCAAAUUCCAACAAUCGACAAUUUAUAACAUGUGUAAUAUUCUACAAUCUUAAAUAUUAAUUAAUAUUAAUAUAAAACAUUAAUAUUAAAAAUACUCGAGAGAAGAGAGAGA